AUGAUGUCAAUACGCCGCGUCCUUUGUGUUCUGACUAUUGCACUGUAUUGUGUGUGCAGUUAUGUGGUAGCUGCUGAGCCUUCACCUACGGAUCUUGGGCCUAAGGGUGAAGGUGGUCCUGACAAUCUGCAUUCUGCAGCUUCGUCUUGUCCCUCUGGUUCGUCUGCUGUGGAAGAUGGUGGUUCUCAUUGUGCAGACAGUGGUAAAGGUAACAGUCUUGGUCAAUCUGCUGGUCUAAAGGGUCCAAUACAACAAAAUGCCACAGUGAACACAAUAAAGGGAGACCAUCCAGAAGCAGGAAGUGUUGGUAGCGACACGAAACAUGAAUCCGCCGAGAAAAGACAGGAAACGGAAGAAGUCCACAAAGAAGCGACUCUGAAAGGUGACAGAGAAGCAAGUGUUGAUCCUGCAAAUCCUGGCUCUUCUGUUGCUGAAGUGCGUGGACCUGUUGGUGUUGCAGCUCCUUCUACAUCAGGUGGGUCUGGACCAGCUUCUGAUGUUGAUUCACAGAGAGGAAGAGAAGACUUGGGCUCUAAGGCACAGCAAGGGGAUAGCUCUCUGGUAGCUGAACACGAGAAAGGUGGUCACAGUGAUGCUAAAGAAGAAAAAGAUAACCUGGAAACGCAGCCACAAGGAGAGAACGGUGAGAGUACAGGGAGAAAUACAACAUCUUCUACCAAUGAAGAGAGCACUACAGGGACUGAAGAAAACAACGAGAAUCAACAAGCAGAAGAAGGCAAUGGUGUUCAGUCUACUUCACCAACUUCACCUGCACCUACAGAAGGUGAUGCAACGAGGGACAAUGUCAAUACACCCAAUAAUGAUGAGGAAUCAACCACCACCACUACUACUACAACAACAACACUUCCUCCUGAACUCACAAACAACAAGAAGGGUGAUGCAGACAGCAGCAGCAGUAUCAGCAGUUCUGUGUGGGUGCGUGUACCACUACUGAUUGUGGUUACACUGGCCUGUAUUCUUGUAUGCUGA